GCAGGGCUGUAGUGGACGCUGCUUAGUGUCGAGCGGGGGGUCUUCGCGACAUCCACCUCGGCUUCUGGGGCUCUGGUACGCGACAACCGCCUUCAGGCCGAGCCAGCUGGCAGUAUUGGAUCGGUGGGACGUCGCGAAGCCUCUCCCUGCAGAGGGAAGUGUUUCAGGCGUUGCAGCGGCUGCAUAUGACCAUAUUCUCCCAGAGUGUCUCACCCUGCGGGAAGUUCCUGGCAUCUGGCAACAAUUAUGGGCAAAUAGCCAUCUUCAGCUUGUCUGCUGCUUUGAGCUCUGAGGCCAAAGAAGAAAGUAAGAAACCCAUAGUGACCUUCCAAGCCCAUGAUGGGCCCGUCUACACCAUGGUCUCCACCGAUCGACAUCUGUUCAGUGCUGGAGAUGGGGAGGUGAAGGCCUGGCUUUGGGUGGAGAUCCUCAAGAAGGGCUGUAAGGAGCUAUGGCGUCGUCAGCCCCCAUACAGGACCAGCCUGGAAGUGCCUGAGAUCAAUGCUUUGCUUCUCGUCCCCAAGGAGAAUUCCCUUAUUUUGGCAGGGGGAGACUGCCAGUUGCAUACGAUGGACCUAGAGACAGGGACCUUCACGCAGGCACUCCGGGGCCACACAGACUACAUCCACUGCCUGGCAUUGCGGGAGCGGAACCCCGAGGUGCUGUCAGGCGGUGAAGAUGGGGCUGUUCGGCUUUGGGACCUCCGUAUGGCCAAGGAGGUCCAGACAAUCGAAGUAUACAAGCACGAGGAGUGCUCAAGGCCCCAUAACGGGCGCUGGAUUGGAUGUUUGGCAACUGACUCAGACUGGAUGGUCUGUGGAGGGGGCCCAGCACUCACUCUCUGGCACCUCCGAUCCUCCACGCCCACCACCAUCUUCCCCAUGUGGGCACCGCAAAAGCAUGUCACCUUCUACCAGGACCUGAUUCUGUCAGCUGGCCAGGGCCCUUGUGUCAAUCAGUGGCAGCUGAGUGGGGAGCUUAAGGCUCAGGUGCCUGGCUCCUCCCCAGGACUGCUCAGCCUCAGCCUCAACCAACAGCCAGCAGCACCGGAGUGCAAGGUGUUGACAGCUGCAGGUAGCAGCUGCCGGGUGGAUGUGUUCACCAAUCUGGGCUACCGAGCCUUCUCCCUGUCUUUCUGACCUCUGGCAACUCCCUCUCCCCACCAUUCCAAGGGUCUGGACUGGUUUUUCUUUUUACAAAUAAAAUUUCAGACUUUU